UGCUCCCCCCCCCUCCUAAAAUCUAAUUUCCCCCAUUUCGUUCCAUUCAUUUGCUCGUUCGUUCAUCCCCUGCAGCUGCACUGCUGCGAGGAACCCUCGUCGGCCAUCCCAAUAUUGAAGGACCAAAAGCCCGUAGUAUAAGCCUUUAAUACAAGUCACGAAGCUCAACCACACAUGGACGCGUACCAGCAGCCUCAGCGAUACAUGAGGCCCCCGCCACCGCCACCGCCACCGUCGACGUCGGAUCCCCACCACCAACAAUUCCAACAUCACCAGCAACCACCUCCGCCGUGGUUCUCCAACCAGUUUCAGUACCAUCAUUCCCAGUCCCCGUCACCGCCUCCUUUGCAGUGGGCUCCUCCGCCUCCUCCUCCUCACUCGGACCAUCUUCCUCCGCCUGGUUCUGCUUAUCCUACGCCCCCUCAUCCUUACCCUGCGCACCCGCCACCCCUCCACCACCACAACCAGUUCCCUCCUCCUCCCCCCUCUCGCACCCACGUGCCUCCCCAUCUCCCUCCUCCGCCUCCUCCUCCUCCUCAUUCCCAGUUUCCCCAGUCUUAUCCUCAGGCCAGCCAAGACUGGGGCAGUACAAAUUGGCCUCACCAUCAAGGUUGGAGUUAUCCUGCCCAUAAUAAUGAAGAAGAUUGGGCUGCCAGGGCUCGAGCAUGGGCAGAUGCUAAAACAGCAAUGGAGAAUCAGCAUUCACAAUCUCAGUUUACACCAGUUGGCAGGGUGGAAGAUCAAAGUCAUUAUUAUGAUCAGUAUCCACAAGCCGUUGAUGCUCAUUACCCAGAUAUUCAAGAUCAGUCCCUUUCUGCUCCAAGCUAUCAACAGUUUCCAGUUUCAGGUGCACCUCUUCACCAGCCAUCGAUAGUUUAUUCCCAGGAGAUUGCAUCCAUUGGCUCUGAGCUAUCUUCUUAUGUUCCAGAUGCGCGUCUACCUUACAAUAUUAGAGAUGGGACAUCGGCUGGAGAUUCAAGUGCUGUAUUUCAUCAUCAAGGAAACGUACUCACAAGUUCAUCUGUUCAUCAGCAGGAGGUACCUUCUAGUUAUUCUUCUAUUACAGGUAAAGAAGAUAAAACAGAUCAAAAUGAGCAGUCGUACAAACUGUUGCCUCUGCCAAAUUCCUCAGCUCAGGAGGGACAGCACCAUUUACCAAUGCAUGUACCCUUCACAUAUGGCAAUCAAUCAGCUGAUGCCACAACCAAUCUUGCUGAUCAGCCUUUAGAUUUUGCACCUAGAUUUAACCGUGAUCGUGAUCAACAUAUGCAAUCCACUUAUUCUCAUCAUGAUUCAAUUGGACCUGUAAGAAGCAUCGACCCUGUUGCAGCAGUGCACUCAAUAAAUAGCUGGACUCCCCCUAUUACACCUGGUUUGGUUUAUCCUUCAAUUUCUCCAGAUAUUACAUCAGGGGCACAGCAGCAUGAUCCUUCCCUGGCUAUACAGUCUCCUGUUCCUGGACAUGUUGCCACACCAUUUGGAAGGUUCCAUGGACCAGGUCAGCCAGCAAUUCCAUCUGGUGGUAUACCCUUUGCUCUCAGUACAGGACCUGCACUUCAUCCUACCACAGCUUUCUCUGGUGAUGCAUAUGGAAUUUCUACAGUUUCUGAACGCCCUAAAAAGCCUUCAGUGCCUAAUUGGCUUAAAGAGGAAAUAAAGAAAGCAGUCAUUACAAGUUCUUCUGUGGACCAUCCUAAGGAGGUAACACAAACCGUUGAGGAUGAAGGUAUUGAUAAAUCUAUUGGGAAGGGUGACCAGGCAGAUAGCAAAAGCAUUGAUUCUUCUAGGUCAACCGAAGAAGAAGAAGAUGAGGAUGAUGUGGAAGCAGAAAGAACUGCAGCUAUUAACCAGGAAAUAAAACGUGUGCUAACUGAAGUUCUUUUAAAGGUUACUGAUGAGCUGUUUGAUGAAAUUGCCACUAAAGUUAUUGGUGAAGAUGAUCUAACAGUCGGUGUUGAGCAGAACACUAUCACUUCCAAUCAUAAGGAAUCGCCAUCGUCUCUGACAGCAGUUCCAGUUCCUAAGGCAUCUGCGAAAGUUCUAAUUCCCGGAUCUGCAAAUGAUUCUAACACUAAAAGUGUCAGUGAAAAAUCUAGUUCCAGCUCCCCAGGAGAUAUUUUAGGUCUUGGAAAUUAUGCUUCUGAUGAUGAAGAUGGAGAUGAUGAAAUGCGAAGCUCAAGUUUAACAAAUUCCAAUCAGCAGUCAGGCAUUAAAACGCGUACCGAAGAUACGCAUGAAGCUGCUGAGAAUGGAAUCUCCAAACUAGAACUUCAAGAGCACAGCAGAAGUAAGAAAAAUAUGGAGAGUGGCAUGGGCAAAACCAGCUCCAUUGAACCCAAAAACACCAAUGGUGCUGCUAUUAGUGAGUUGAAUGAUAAUAGGGUGGAUGGGGGUCUAGGCCAUGCUUAUUCUUCCGAGGUGGUCUCUGAAGAUGGUGAUGAAGGAAUUGCUGUUGGUGGGAAAAUGCUAGAUAGAACCAAUGGCUCAAAGAACACUGUGGGAGUAAUGGAAUCUGGACAACCUGGAGAGUAUGUUAGUUUUAAGAAAACAUCAACUAAUGAUCCCCAACACAGUGAAACAGGAAUGAAGUUAGAUAAAAGUGAUCGACAGGAAAGUAAAAAGAGUUCUGGGAAAGACUUUGUCAAGGAGGGGGAGGGUAGUAAGAUUAAGGCGGAUGCGAAGGGAGAGGAGAAACGUAGGAGACCAGAUGAAAGACAUCCAAGAAAGGAUAAAGAAGAUGAUUGGAAUGGGCCAAAGGAGCGAAUUAAAGAGCCCGGGGAAAAAGCAAAGCAAUCUGAGGCAAGAAAAAAGUCUGACCAUCUUGACGUCAAGGAAGACAGGAAAGAAGGAGAGAGAUUCCAUCGGGGUAGUGCUAAAGAAGAUACGAGUAGAAAAAGAGAACACAGAAAGAAUGAGGAAGAUGGGUCACGAAAAAAGAAUGCAAGUGAGUCAAGCAGGCACAAGAGAAGACGUUCUUCUUCCAUUAGCAGUAAAGGUAGAAACAGCAAGGACAUCUCUGUUAGUCAUGCCAAUAAUUCAAGUGAUGAAGCCUCCGAUGAUUCUAAAAGGAAGAUGCAAUCAAGGAAACGGAACACACCACCAUCACCUGUCAGGUCUAGGGGAAGACAAGUUUCGCGGUCCCCGCAUAGCAAGCAUUCUCAGCGCAGGCAUUCUCCCUACUCUUCUCUUGAUCCCACCAGGGGAAGAAGGUCAAGGUCCAAAUCACCUGUUCGGAGGCAUAGAGCAUUUCAAGUUGGAUUAUGGUCAAUUUGGCUAUCUGGGUUUGUGUUAAUUGGUAUCUCUCUCUAUUCUACUCAGAGGUUACCUACCCUCAAGGAUCAUCGGAUCAGAGUGACCAAACUUGAUCAAAAAGCUGUCGGCGAUCCAGACAAUCCGAAGAUUACCAUAUUCUCAGCACCUAGUCCAUUCAAUGGCUCUGUUGGGGCUAGGCAGAGUCUAGCUGUUCGGUCAUGGCUUGCUCUGUCCCCACAAAUUACUGUUGUUCUCUUCAGCCAAGACCCUUCCGUUGUUUCUUUCGCAGUUCCCUUUGGUUCGAGGGUUUUGGUUGAGCCCAACAUUGAUUUCACGUUCCUAGGUAGCCCAUUCUUCCAUUCAAUGAUAGCAAGAUCGCGUUCAUUCACAUCGGAUAUUUUCGUUGUUAUUGAUCCGGAAACCAUUCUUCUACCUGACUUCAUUUCCACCCUAAACUACGUUUAUGAACUUGACCGUGAUUGGCUCCUUGUUGCUUCAUCACGUAAUUUCUCCUACUUCCCAUUAUACUUGGAUGAAGCUGGGAAACAUUGGCGAAGAGGGGAUGGAAAAUGGGUGAGAACCCAGGAGUUGCAGGAGCUGCUUUCUAAAACCUGGCGAUGGAAUCGUUGUGAAGGAAGAAUGCUUAUGGCUUGGAACAGCGGAGAUUGGCCAUUACAUACAGGAGUUCUUCCUCCUUUCUUGUAUGGGAAGGGGAUCCACAACCACUGGAUCAUUAAUGAGGCCGUGUCAUCUGAACUCAGGUUUGUAUUUGAUGCCAGUUGGACCAUCUCAAGUUUCCAUCUAAAUCAUCAGGACCAUUGGCCUAAUGGAAUAGUUGGAGAUUCCAGAGUUUCAGAUAUUGAAAAGCGAAGGUGGGAGUAUGUUGGCAAUUCCCUUAUUGGGGCAUUGUAUGGAUCAUUGUUAUAUCGCGAGGCUAAUUACUCUAGCCUGAUAAAACUUUUGAAGUGCAGCGGACAAUAUGUUUUCACCAACACAACUGAAAAAACUGUCUAUCCAUACGGAUACCAGAGUGCCCGCAGUUUAUGUAAGAGAAGGAUCUUGCAUUCAUGGUGGAAAAAGAGGAUCAUGGCUUGUGUUGAUGCUAUUAAAUCACUGGACAAAAUACUAGAUUGCUCUUUGAAGGAUCAGAUGAGGCCCUCAGCACCAUUAGAUUUUGCUUUCUCCUUGGAGUCACUCCUUCCAUUAAUUGCAGACAAGAAUAAGACAAUUGUGCUUGCAGUUGCUGGAUAUAGUUAUAAGGACAUGCUAAUGAAUUGGGUGUGCAGAUUACGCCGCCUUCUGAUUACAAAUUUUAUGAUCUGUGCUCUUGACCAAGAAACCUACUCGUUCUCUGUUCUGCAGGGUCUGCCUGUUUUCAAGGAUCCACUGGCUCCGAAUAACAUCAGCUUCAAUGAAUGCCACUUUGGUACAAAAUGCUUUCAGAGGGUGACCAAAGUGAAAUCCAGAAUGGUUUUGAAUAUACUGAAGCUUGGUUACAACGUGCUCCUAAGUGAUGUGGAUGUAUAUUGGUUUAUGAAUCCAUUGCCUUUGCUUCACUCUCUUGGCCCUGCUGUUCUGGUGGCACAGUCUGAUGAAUUUAACAUGACAGGACCAAUAAACUUACCUAGGCGCUUAAACUCUGGUUUCUACUUUGCUCGUUCUGACAAUUCAACUAUUGCUGCUAUGGAGAAGGUGGUGAAGCAUGCAGCCAUGUCUGCCCUAUCCGAGCAGCCAAGCUUCUAUGACACAUUGUGUGGGGAAAGUGGGUCCAAUCGCGUAGGUGAUAAUAGAUGUGUGGAACCUGAAACGAAUCUGACUGUUCAUUUCUUAGAUAGAAACCUCUUCCCAAACGGUGCUUACCUAGAUCUGUGGCGGAAGAAAAACGUUAAAGCUGCCUGUGUGAAGAUGGGUUGCUUUGUUCUACACAACAAUUGGAUUGGUGGGAGACUGAAGAAGCUGGAAAGACAGGUAUUGUCAGGCUUAUGGGAUUAUGAUUCUAGUACAAGGAUGUGCUUGCAAAACUUGCACUAGUUUAAAUCGAAUUGCUAAU